GAAAUGGCCACACGCUAUUUGUUGGAUAUAUUUCCCAAAGCCGGUGAGAAGAGCUCACAUUCCUCAAACUUAAGAUAAAACGCACACGCAUAUCACAUGUAAAAGGAACCAUUACAUACAUAUCCGUACAUACAUACGCCGCCGCGUUGGAGGAGAACAACGGAACGGCUCGACAUCCAGGCGAAGUUUCCGAGUUCCUCCGGAAAAGAGAUCCUUUUCCGGUGGCGUUUUUGCCGUGUCAAGCGGUUUAUUCAGAUUGAGGGAUAGUAAUUGCAAUCGAAAAAUGAAGAGGCGUACCGCAAAAGGCGCUGCUUCGACCUUUGCCCCGCCGGCGCCGGCCGGAAUCGGUGGCGGUAGUCAAAAGAAGGCGGAGAAAUUCGAGCGGCGUCUGUUGAAAUACGACGAGCUGCCGGAGUAUUUGAAGGAUAACGAAUUUAUAAGGGAUUAUUACAGAUGCGAAUGGCCUUUGAAAGAUGCAACCCUCAGCCUAUUUUGUUUGCACAAUGAGACUCUCAAUAUUUGGACAUUGAAUCUGGAUUAUUUGGCAUCUGAUUGGUUUUCUAAUAUUUUUGGGGCUGACGGUGAUGAGCUUGACGGGAAAGAUGACCUUGGAACAUUGGAUCUCCAUUUUUUUCGGGGAGGGUAAAGAUGGAUGGCUGAAGACGAAAAUGAUGAACCAAUCUAACGGCUGCAGCGCUUUCUUUCCGGAUUCGUACUCGAGCAUCACCACACCCCUUCCAAUAUGGCCGUGGUUGGUGUUCCUGACGGGCGCCAUGUGUUGCCUAGCGACGAGCGCAGUCUCCCACCUGCUGUCGUGCCACUCGAUCGGCUUCUGCUACCUCUUGUGGCGGCUCGACUAUGCCGGCAUCUCCCUUAUGAUAGUCUCCUCCUUCUUUGCCCCCGUCUACUACGUCUUCUACGACAACCCCAUCUUUCUCCUCCUUUACCUCUCCUCCAUCGCCAUCCUCGGCGUGCUCGCCACGGCCGCCCUCCUUGCCCCAGCCCUCUCCACCGCCCGAUUCAGACCCCUCCGCGCGGCCCUCUUUCUCUGCAUGGGAUUCUCCGGGGUGGUCCCCGCAGCCCAUGCGGCACUCCUACACUGGGGCACACACCCACAUGUCCGGGCCUCGCUCGCCUACGAGGCCCUCAUGGGGGUUUUGUACGGUUUGGGGGCCACCUUUUACGUGGCGAGGGUACCAGAGAGGUGGAGGCCAGGGGCGUUUGACGUCGUGGGACAUAGCCACCAGAUUUUUCAUGUGUUUGUGGUGGCGGCUGCACUCGUGCACUGCGCUGCGACUCUCACUAUUAUGGAGUGGCGUCGCGGUUUGCUUGGCGCGUGACAGGGCUAUUAUGGAGAUGUCACGUUUUCAAAAAAAUUUGGUAUAAUUUUUAGGGGUGACAAACCAUUUGAAGCAAGAGAUUAGAGUUGAUUAUGCAGAAGCACAAAUAGAAUUUGAAUGGGAGAUGAAGCGUGUAUACUUACGAAAUUGAUGUAUAUGGGAAAGUUACCUGAAUUUGAUAUUUUUAGUUCUUAUCAUAUAAACUAAUUCAGAAAAAUUAAAAAUGAAGAUUACGAUUGCACUUGAUGUGAAUUGUAUGCAAGUUGCUC